AUGUGGGGUGUUAAUCAUACGAUUAACGAAUUGAGCCAUGUCUCAAUACCAGUUAUGCUCCUCCCGGAUGAUUUCAGGGCAUAUUCAAAGCUCAAAGUUGACAAUCACUUGUUUAAUAAGGAGAACAUGCCGUCUCAUUUUAAAGUGAAAGAAUACUGCCCAUUAGUGUUCAGAAACCUCCGCGAGAGGUUUGGAAUUGAUGAUAUUGACUAUAAGGAGUCCCUUACGAGAUCCCAGCCAAUUCCGGACGAGUCCUCGGGCAAAUCUGGGGCGAAGUUCUACCAGAGCUACGACCGUCUAUUCAUCCUGAAAACCCUGACCUCGGAGGAAGUGGAGAGGAUGCACUCAUUUCUCAAGCACUAUCACCCUUACAUCGUGGAGCGGCAUGGCAAGACCCUGCUCCCGCAGUACCUCGGCAUGUACCGGCUGACCGUCGACGGCAUCGAGCACUACCUCGUCGCCACCAGGAAUGUGUUCUCCAACCACCUGAACAUCCACAGAAAGUACGAUUUGAAGGGCUCGACGGUGGACAGAGAGGCAUCAGAGAAGGAACUCGAAAAGGAGCUGCCCACAUUGAAGGACAACGACUUCAUAAAGCAGGGAGUCAGGAUCGACAUUGGCGACGCCGCGAAAGAGAAGCUUCUGGAAACCCUGACUGCUGACGUGGAGUUCCUGACGAAGCUCCACCUGAUGGACUACUCGCUGCUGCUCGGCGUGCACGAGUGCGGGCGCGGCGAGGCCGAGGCGGAGGCGGCGCGGCAGCGGGACGCUGAGGCGGACAGCGAGCCCGACUCCGACACCGACAGCGACACCGACAACCGACACCACGGCGACAGGUGGGGCUACAACACGCCGCCCGACAGCCCACGGGGCUUCGCGCGCCAAUCCUCGCUGCGCUACGAGGGCAUCAUCCCCGAGCUGGAUAUCUAUGCCAUCCCCAGCCAGGACGGCGCACCUAAAAAGGAGAUAUAUUUCGUAGCUCUGAUUGAUGUACUGACACAUUAUGGGGUUAAGAAACAGGCAGCGAAGGCCGCCAAGACGGUGAAGUACGGCAGCAACGUGGACGGCAUCUCGACCUGCGACCCCGAGCAGUACGGCAAGCGGUUCAUCGAUUUCGUCGCCAAAGCGAUCGAGGGCAAC